CGGGGGCCUUCGGAGCAAAUGCUGGAGAUGCUGGAGUGAGCGGAGCGCGAUUACAGGUUGGCUAAAACACCCUGAAUGCUGCAGGAUGGAGGGGACCCAGGAGAGUCCUCUGAUGCUGAUAUACACCUUGCAGGAAUUACUGGGUCAUGAUACAGUGCAAGUGGAGCUCAUCCCAGAGAAGAAAGGCUUGUUUCUCAAACACGUGGAAUAUGAAGUGUCCAGUCAGUUCUUUAAGUCUUCCGUGUACAGAAGAUACAAUGACUUUGUCAUGUUCCAGGAGGUGUUGCUGCAGAAAUAUCCAUACCGCAUGGUACCAGCCCUCCCACCCAAGAGAAUGCUGGGAGCGGAUCGAGAGUUUAUAGAAUCCCGGAGGCGAGCUCUAAAGAGGUUCAUUAAUCUAGUAUCCCGGCACCCCUCUUUCUGGGAUGACAUACUUGUGACUAUCUUCCUUUCAUAUAAUGGUCAGGAUGUACAGAAUAAAAUGCGUGAAUCUUCCCGUGGGGUGGGAGAUGAAUAUAUGAUGUGCAAAUUUGCAACACAAGCCAAGGAUUUCCUCCCAGCUGAUAUCCAGGUCCAGUUUGCAGCCAGCAGAGAGCUGAUCAGGAACAUCUUCAACAGUUUUUACAAACUCCGGGAUCGAGCGGAGAGAAUGGCUGGAAGAGCCAUUGAUAAUGCCACUGAUCUUUUGGGCUUUGGCAAAGAACUAAGUGCCUUAGGUUCUGACACUACCCCACUACCCUCCUGGGCUGCUCUGACCCACAGCUCCUGGGGUGCACUAAAGCAAGCACUAAAAGGACUUUCUGUUGAAUUUGCUCUGCUUGCUGAUAAAGCAGCACAGCAGGGUAAACUUGAAGAAAUCGAUGUGGUGGAGAAGCUGAAUCUUUUCCUGGAUCUCUUGCAAUCAUAUAAGGAUCUGUGUGAAAGGCACGAAAAAGGAGUAUUACACAAGCACCAGAAGGCUUUGCACAAGUACAGUCUGAUGAAGAAACAGAUGAUGAGCGCUACUGUACAGAAUAAGGAGGCCGAGUCUGUGGAACAACUGGAGUCUCGCAUUGUGGAGCAAGAGAACGCCAUCAUGGUCAUGGAGCUGAGGAAUUACUUUUCCCUCUUCUGCCUGCAUCAGGAAACCCAGCUCAUCCACAUCUAUCUGCCCCUCACCUCCCACAUACUUGGGGCGUUUGUGAAUUCACAGAUCCAGGGGCACAAAGAGAUGACUCAAGUGUGGAAUGAAUUAAAACCGAAGUUGAAUUGUCUGUUUGUGGGAUCCUCCGGCCUUCCCACUCCACCCCUGUCUCCUGAGGAACGUAAUUUCUUUACUCGCUAGACCCAUUUCCAGUGCAAGGCAAAUGGACGAUUCUGAUGCAGCACUUCAGUUCUAUAGUGUCACAUCGGUCAUCACUGGUG